AUGGCCAAGCACGAGGAAAGCUACCACUUGGCACCCACCGAGGAAGAUUCCCUCCAAGGGGAGGAACCCCCAUACAUCCCUCCUCCAACCAGGUGGCUCAAAUUACACUAUACCUUCCUGGCUGUUGCAUAUCUUGUUCUCAUCCUACUUUACCUCACCCUGAUCGGGAAAGCAUAUCCCUUCUCCGACUCCCCUCAUCUGUCCGUUCCCAGCUCCCCCCUUUCUGAUGGAUUUCCUUCCCUCCAUGCAGCUGGAGUGCUCGAGUACGAGACUCGGACAUGGCCGGUUAGCAUCCACAACAACCCUUUCGCUGGAAAGCCCCGUCCAGAGCUAGAAGAGGCCUGGCAUCGUCUGUUCGAGAAGAACAAUAUUCGCGUCCGCAAGGAGGACCUUGACUUCUACAAUGUAACCUCCUUGCGAAUGACCGACGGCAACGACUGGGUUGGCCAGAUGGGCGUUUUCCAUGAAUUGCACUGCUUGAAGCGCGUGCGCCACUGGGUCUAUCGCGAUCAUUAUCUGGCGGAUGCGCCGGAGGGGGUCUUGAUCGAAGAAGAGGCCCAUGUGGAUCAUUGUAUGGAGUUACUUCGAGAAGCCAUCAUCUGUCGAGGGGAUCCGACUUUGAGUGGCUUCCGGUGGAUUGGACCUGAGGGGGGCGAAGACGGCUAUCAUGUCACAGUGGAAGCGCCGGGUUACCAUACCUGUGUCAAUUGGGAAAAGUUGCGGGCAUGGAAUGAUGAGAGAGCAGUCGAUGCAUUCGCGCCGGGGGUGCUCAUGGGUCCAAAUUAG